AUGACCUCGGCUUCCGAGCCUUCACCGCCCGUGCUGGCUACGCCUGCAACGAUGCCAACGGCGCUAUCCGCGGCGUCCGCAGCAGCAUCGGCAGCAUCAUCUCACGCAACUCCAGCGGGCAAAAGUGAGGCGUCGCCACCGCCGCCGGCGGCCCUGUCGGAGUCAAAUCGACGGCCGUCACCUUCGCCCGCCGCAUCGGCGCCGGCUCCUCCGCCGUCGCCAGCCUCCCGCUCACCGGCGCGGUCCCCGCCACGGCUCCCCGUCCCGUCGGCAAGCUCGCCGCCCGCGGGCCGCCCCCCGAAGACGCGGACGUCCGCGGCCCGGCCGCCCCCCCGCGGCCGCGCGGCGCUGCUGCCGCUGCUGGCGCUGCCGGCGCUGCUGGCGCUGAUCGACCGGCGGCAGCUGGGCCCGUCGCCAUGCUCGGCGAGCGGCGCCGACGCGCAGCUACACUACCGCGUCAACUACCGCCUGCGCGAGGAGAGCCCGCCGGGCACGUUCGUGGGCGCGGCGGGCUCUGACUCGGGCCUGUCGCGCGUCUCCAGUGGCCUCGACUACCGCAUCAUCUCGGCCGGGCCCGGGGAGCGGCGCGGCCGUCCGGAUGGGGACGCGGGCGAGGGCGGCGGCGGCGGCACCCUCUUCCGCGCCGACGCCAGGACGGGCGACAUCUACACGGGGGCGGCGCGCCUCGACCGCGAGCUCGUCUGCGGCCGGGACGCCGGGCGACGGCGUCUGGGCCGGGACGUUGGCCCCGGCGCGCCCGGCCCGAGCGCGGACCGCUUGGGUGAGCGCGAGGACCGGGCGGAGCCGAAGAGGUCGAGCGGAGGGGGGGCGGAGGGCGCGGGCCGCCCGGCCGGAUUGCGGGCCAGGCGGGACGUCGGCCACGGGAUCCGGGAGCUCGGGUGCCCGACGGGCGUGCGGCGCUCGCUCCGUUCCGAGGGCGCCGUCGGCAAGCGCUCCGGGAGGGACGCUCGCGAGCGCACGUACGGCACGGGAGACCGGAGUGAAGGUGCUGCCGGGGACGCUGAAUGGGACGAUUUUAACGAUGAUGUCAAACGGCACAACACCGUCGGCCGCAAUAAAGGGAGACGUUCUGGACACAACGUCCUCGGCAGCGAUGGGUUUAAUAACCGGCGUAUGGGGGACGAGAGCACAAGAUGUCACAGUGAUGCCGAUGGUGCUGGGCAGCAGGUUCUCAACAAAGCCCACCCUGGGCCUUUCGUAAACAACCUCUACAGACACCGCCUUGGCCGUGACGACAAUCGCCAGGCCGGAGGGCGCGCGAGCCACAGCGGCGACAACGUGGCGCACUGGCCGGCCGGGAGAGACGGCGGCGGUGGCGGCGAUCGCAGAGCCAGGAACGUCACCCGCGGCCACGACAACCGGGCGCCCAUCAAUCGCGCGGGCCGCGGCGCACAUGGCAAGGUGCGGGUCGGUCGUCAACUCGCAGCCUAUGGGCACGAUGACUACGACGACGCCAGCACGAGCGACAAGGACGACGACGACGACAGCAGCUGCUUCUUCGACCUGCAGAUCGUCGCCACACCCGAGCAGCCGGACCCCUUUUUCGCACUCCUGGAAGCGCGCAUCUUCAUCAUCGACGUCAACGACAAUUCUCCGACGUUCUACGAUGAGGACUCGUCAUCCACGCUGCUGCGCGACGCUAUCUUCUCGCUCGCCGUGCCGGAGAACUCCCCCGCGGGCCUCAGCCUGGCUCUGCCCCGCGCCUGGGACCCCGACGCCGGCUCCAACGGUGCCGUGAGCUACAGCCUCGACUUUGACGACGGCGACGGCGGCGGAGGCGUCGGCGGCAGCAGCGGCGGCGCCGCCAACGACGACGAGCUGGCGCCCGCGAAGGUGUUCGAGCUCCGUGUUGGACAAGAGGAUGGAGGAGGAGGCGGCGUGACAAGUGGCCCCCCGUACCUGGUGGUGCGCACCCCCCCGGACCGCGAGCGGCGCGACCGCUACUCCCUGUGGCUGCACGCGCGCGACGGGGGGACGCCCCCCCACGAGGCGGCCACGCGCGUGCACGUGCGCGUCACCGACGAGAACGACAACGCCCCCCGCUUCACGCAGAGCCAGAUGACGGUGGAGAUCCCGGAGAACUCGCCGGUGGGGACGCCGGUGGUGCGCGUGCAGGCCAGCGACCCCGACGAGGGCGAGAACGGAAAGGUCCAGUACCGCCUCGCAUCCUGGUCGUCCUCCUCCUCGUCGUCCCAGCCGAUACCUCCGAUGUCGUCGUCGCUGUUGUCUCUCGCAUCAUCGUCCUCGUUGACGCCUUCGUCCUCCUCCUCCUCCUCCUCCUCGUCGCCGCCGUCGUCGGUCAAGCCUCGUCGACGGCCGGACACGGCUCUGUUCUGGCUGGAUUCGUCAUCGGGCCUCGUCGUCGUGUGGGGCCUGCUGGACCGCGAGGAGGCGGACAUCCACCGCUUGGUCAUCGUGGCGACGGACUGUGCGCCUUCGCGACCGGCGAGCGCCACGGCCACGCUCACCAUCAUCGUGGGUGACGAGAACGACACGCCGCCCGAGAUCGAGCUGCGCAUCAUCGCCCGCACCGAGGGGGACGCCGUGACGGCCGAGGACGCGGACGACGACGACGACGGCGGCGACGGCGAGGUGAGAGGAACGGCUUCGGCGGCGACGGUCGUCGUCUCGGAAGCAUCCCCUCCGGGCUUCCCCAUCGCGCUCAUCUCGGUGUCGGACCGCGACUCGGGCAGCGGCGGUGUCGUCUCGCUGUCCAUCUCCCUCGACGGCGACGAGGAAAGCGCCGGCAAGGACGACGGGGAUGAGGCCAGCGCCGCCGCCGCCGAUCUGCCGUUCCGGGUCCGGCGCCUCCCGCCGUCGCCCGACCGCUACCUGCUGGAGACGGGCGUGGGGCUGGACAGGGAGCGGCGCGAGAGGCACGUCGUGCGCGUCGUGGCCAAGGACUCGGGCGUGCCGCGCCUCUCCAGCACGGCCGUCGUGUUCGUGCGCGUCGCGGAUGCCAACGACAACCCGCCCGCGUUCCCGCGCCUAGUAUACGAGGCCGCCGUCGCGGAGAACGGCCCGCCGGGCUUGCGCGUUGCCUCGGUGACGGCGACGGACGCUGACGUGGGCAAGAACGGCGCCGUCGUCUAUUCCAUCGAAAGGGUGAUCGCCCUGAGGAUGGGCGCCGGAGGGGCCGACACGGCCGGAGGCGGCGACGCGACCGCCUCCCGGGCCGCCGACGCCGCCGGCACCGUGCGCCCCCCUACCGUCGUACGGCCCUCAUUGUCGGCCUUCCGCAUUGAGCUCACGACGGGCCUGGUGACCGCCUCGCAGAGCCUCGACCGGGAGGACGCCCCCGGCGGCUACGCUCUCGCCGUUGUCGCGAGGGACCGGGGCGUCCCGCCGCUCUCGGCGACGGCCACCGUGAUUGUGCGCAUCCUCGACCGCAACGACAACGCGCCGCAGUUCGAGCUGCCUGAUUUCCACUUCUACGUCCGCGAGAAUCAACCGGCCGGCAACAUCAUCGGCCGCGUGUCCGCGUGGGACCCCGACGAGGGUGACAAUGGGAAGCUGGAGUAUGCGAUAACCGUCGUAAACGGGGAGGAGUUCGACAAGAACGACGCCAAGCAUCGCGCGGAGGUCUGGGACCAGGAUCCGAACCGGCACGCGGCCGACGACGGGGAAUCGACGUCGUUGUCUUCGCUGUCCUCCUCGUCGUCCCAGCAGCCGUUGUUUAGCAUCGAUCCUGACACGGGGGUGAUCCGGGCCGGGUUCUCCUUCGACCGCGAGAAGCAGCACUUCUACACGCUGGAAGUGCGCGCGCGCGACCUCGACCAGACGCCCACGUCGCGCCUCAGCUCCUCGGCCCGUGUCUUCAUCCACGUGGUGGAUGAGGACGACAACGCCCCCGAGUUCCUCGCACCCAAGACCAACUCGACGUUCGUGUUCGUCGAGACGACGGGGGGCGCCGUGCCGGGCACCACCGUCUACCCCGUCUCAGCCAUCGACCCAGACUCCCUGCCGCCCGUGCCUCGGCGCGAAGACGUGGCGGCCGCGGUCGUGGCGGCGGCGGAUGAGACCAAGUCGGCAUCGUCGUCGUCGGCGACGUCCACCGCCAAGUCUCCGAUGGCGCCGAUGCAGUACUCGAUCGAUGGCGGGAACCCACGGGGCCUCUUCGCCAUCGACGCUCGCACGGGCCUCGUGACGGUGCGGGAGGCGCUGACGGACGAGCAUGCGGGUCUGCACCGCCUGGUGCUGUGCGCCCGCGACACGCGGCACCGGGCCGUCGCGCUGCUGCACGUGUUCGCCAACGCAACGCUGGACGACGUGACGGCCGUCAACCGCCUCAUCACGCGCAGCCUCGCCACGCCGCUCUCCAAGAACGUGUCCGGCCUCGGUGGGCCGUUGGGCUUCGACGACGACGGCGACGAAGACGGCAAGCAGAGCAGGCUGCUGCUCGUGGCCGCCGCCCUCGCCCUGGCGGCUGUGCUGGCUGUAGUGGCACUGCUGGCGCUGCUGGUCGCCCUCGCGCACCACUGGUGCCGCUGCUGCUACGUCUGCCGCUGCUGCUGCCGCUACAAGAAGGAGCACCGCGGCAAGCGCAAGUUUUGCGGCGGCGGCGUCGGGGGCGGCGGCGGGCUGGCACAGGCGGCCGUGGAUUGGCCCAUCUCCAACGAUGACAAGAGCAUCGGCCACGCUGGCAGGCGGGACAAGGGCGAACGAGGGAUCACGGUAGCCUGCACCAUCCUGGGCCACGAGGGGGCGAGGGACAAGCAAGCAUCACUCGCAGGCAUUGGCAGAAGCACAAGAGGCUGCAUCGGCCGCAAGGCCAAGAGGAAGGAACGUCGCCGAGAAGAGGGGGGAAGCAUGGCCGUCGCCUUCAGCAUCGCCAUGGAGGCACGCGGGCGGCACGGCGGCUCGGUGGACAGCCCGGGAGGCUGGGCCGGCCCCAAUGGACACUCCGUCUAUGGGGUCACCGCUCAGGGCGGUGGCGAUGCCGACCCCAGGGCACCGUCGCGCUCGCCGUCCCCACCGUCGCCGCCGCCGUCCUCCUCCUCCCCGUCGGCGUCGUCCUCCUCGCCGUCCCUGCAGUUCCCGGCGGUGCCCGGUGGGCCCAGCCCGGUCAUCCACAGCCCCCGCGCCGCCCUCGAGUUCCCGGGCGUCGUGCAGGAGCUGCCGGCCGCCAACACGUUUGUGUCGGCACGCGCCGCCGUCCGCACCCCUGGCCAGGCCGGCCCGAGCCCCCCAUGCGCCCGCGAGCCCGGGGACUCCGUCACCGAGUGCGGAGGCUCCAAGUCGGUCUGCCGCAACGCGGCGUGCGACUGCUUCGAGGUGCGCGGCGCGGGCGACAACGACCGCAGCCUGCGCCGCCACCACCACCAGCAGCGCCAGCCGCAGCCGCAGCAGCAGCAACGCCACGAGGAGCGUAUGCCGCACCACCGGCUCGAGAAUCACUUUGGGUGCCAGGCGGCCGACGUGCCCGCGGGCGCCGCACGGGAACUCUCCGACUUGGCCGCCAAGAGCUCUGGCGAUGACCUCCUUGGGUCCGAGAGCCUGGGAGAUGGGGGGAAGGUGACCGUCAUGAUGAUGAUGGUGAGAGACGGGGAAAGGAACCUCGCGGAAGAUUGCACCGGCCACGUUCACGAGAAGGCGGCGGGCGAGAGGCGCUCGCCCACCCCCAGGGCCCAGGACGGGGGGGCCGGCGACGCGCUGGAGGCGGCCGCGGCGGGAGCAGGAGGAGGAGGGCCCCGCAGCUUGCAACGGAGCACUCCCGAUGGCAGCAUCGGCGAGGCCGACACCACAGAGCACGCGCUUGCCGACGGGAUGACGAUGGCGACGUCGCGCUGCACCUCGGACUGCCGGAGGUUCGGGCACUCGGACCGCUGCUGGAUGCCCAACACCGCCACCCCGGGCGCGCUUUGCCGCGGCAUCCCCAGCGCCUCGAGCCCAGCCGCUCUGCUGUGCCCCCUCGCCUCGUGCCCUCCCGCUCCUCCUCCUGCUCCGGGCCGCCAGCCGCCGCCCCCCCACGCGCCGCGUCCCUCGGGCGCUCCGCGGUGCCCCCCUGCUCUGCCCGCCGCCGCCGCUCCCGGGGGCCCCGCGCGCUCGACGGAGCCGCCCGCGCCCCGCGCCGCCUUCCCUCCCCCCGCGCACGGCGAGCGCCCGCGCGCCCCGGCGAACCUCGGCGCCGUCGCCGCCGUCCACGGUGAGGGGGCGGCGGGACGGGGCCCCGGCGAGGCCGCGGGGAGCCCCGCGCGCGCCCAGCCCGACGCGUUCCUCGUCCGCAAAGCGUCGCUGGGCGGAGGGGGGCGCGACGAGGCGGCCGCCCCCUUCCCACGCUGCGACGAGCACUAUUUGUAA